AUGCGAAGGACCUCGGUAUCGCUGCCGACGAAACAGGUUGCGCGCGACCCCCACGAGAAACCAGAUCGCUACCAGCCCGCCCGCCGAGGCCACGACUUCUUCUCCACCAUGAAAGAGGCCUGGGUUCAUCAGUCGCAGAGGACGCGAUGGCUUAGAACCGCCGCCGUUGCCUUCACCGUCCUCCUUUUCUUUUGGUGGCUGUCGCCUCGCGGAGUCCAAGUCUACAAUGGCGUCUCCCGCGUCCAAGGCAACAAGGGACAGAUGCCCUCGGACUCGACGUACGGAACCGACCGGUGCCAAAAGUCGUAUUCCAAGGACAAGCCAAUCGUCCAGUACGCCCUCAUGGUCGACGCCGGAAGCACGGGUUCGCGAAUCCACGUCUACAAGUUCAACAACUGCGGUCCCAUUCCCGAGCUCGAAAAGGAAGAGUUCAAGAUGACGGACAAGUCGGUCGGCGGCUUGAGCAAGUACAAGGACGACCCCGUCGCCGCCGCCAAGACGCUCGAUCCCUUGCUGCAGCACGCCAUGGAGCAUGUGCCCGACAGCCUCAAACGCUGCACCCCUAUUGCCGUCAAGGCCACCGCCGGCCUGCGCCUGGCCGGGCCCGAAAAGUCCCAGGCCAUCCUCGACGAGGUCAGGCGCCAUCUCGAGACCGACUACCCCUUUCCCGUCGUCUCGGCCGAACAAGAGGGCGUCGCCGUCAUGGACGGCUCCCUCGAGGGCGUCUACGCCUGGGUCACGGCCAACUAUCUCCUCGGCAAGAUCGGCGGUCCCGACAAGGGCGAGACGGCCGCCGUCUUCGAUCUCGGCGGUGGCUCCACCCAGAUUGUCUUUGAGCCCACCUUCAAGGGAGCGUCGGGCGGAGGCAUGCCCGAGAAGCUCGCUGAGGGCGACCACAAGUACUCGCUCGACUUUGGCGGCCAGAAAUUCGACCUCUACCAGCACUCGCACCUCGGCUACGGCCUCAUGUCCGCUCGCAAGGCUAUCCACCAGAUGCUCGUCUCCGACAUUGCCGCCAAGGAGUCCGGAAAAGCCUGGAUGGCCAAGCCUGUCGUGCACCCCUGCAUCGCCCCCGGCAUGUCCCAGGAGAUCGAGGUUGAAAUGGACGAGGACACCAAGCUCUUCAACUUCACCGGCCCUUCCCAGCCCGCUCCCGCUCAGUGUCGCCACCUGGCCGAGAAGAUUUUGAAGAAGUCUGCCGACUGCAAGCUCGCCCCCUGCUCCUUCAACGGCGUCCACCAGCCCUCUCUGGGCAAGACCUUUGCCAAGGAGGACGUAUACAUUUUCUCCUACUUUUACGAUCGUGUCAAGCCACUAGGCAUGCCCGACUCUUUCACCGUUCGGGAGAUGCACGAUCUGACACAGACUGUUUGCAUGGGCAAGAACGGAUGGGACGUCUUCACCAGCAUGCCCGAGGCCAUGGAGGAGCUCGACGGCCGUCCCGAGUACUGCUUGGACCUGAACUUUAUGAUGGCCUUGCUCCACACGGGUUACGACAUGCCCAUUGACCGAGAGGUCAAGAUUGCCAAGAAGAUCAAGGGCAAUGAGCUGGGGUGGUGUCUCGGUGCCAGUUUGCCCCUGCUAUCUCCCAGUUCCGGCUGGAAGUGCAAGGUUCAACAGGUCAUUUAA